UAUAUGAAUCCAUUCCAUUAGAGUCUCAAACUCAAAGGCUCUCUCAUCUUGCACAAUGUCUCCUCUUAUCUUAAACUUGUUAAUUCUGUGCUCCACAUCCCUAUUCCAUGUGAUUUCUUCCACAUCCACAGACAUCCACGACCUUCUCCCUGAAUACGGUUUCCCAAAGGGUCUCAUCCCCAACAACGCAAUCUCCUACACCAUCUCCACCGAUGGCUUCUUCACAAUCCAGCUCGAUUCCCCCUGCUACGUCCACUUCUCCGACCAGUACUUAGUCUACUUCCACACCCGCCUCACCGGAAAACUCUCCUACGGCUCCGUCACAAGAGUCUCCGGGAUCCAGGCCCAGAUACUCUUCCUCUGGCCCUCCGUUACCGGAAUCAAGGUCCACAAGGACUCCGGCAUGCUCGAGUUCUUUGCUGGAGCUUUGUCGCAGAAACUUCCGGCGGAGGAGUUUGUGAAUGUGCCGGGGUGCUCCCCCAAGGCUUGUCAAGGAGGAUCCACUGCAACCAACCUCGUGGAUCGCGUGUGAACAAAAGUCAAUGAUAUGUUUUCAUCUUCUGUUACCGUUUCUUCAAAUUUAAUGAAUCCCUGUUUUACUUUUACCUGAACAUAAACGAAUAAAAAUUCUUUUUAAA